CUGGGGGGGAGACACUCACACGCAAGGACGUUGGGCGGCCCCCAGGGCCGGCAGCAUGAAGGUGGAGGCAGGGGACCUGUCCGCGAUCAACCUGUCGGUGCAGCAGGUGCUGAGCCUCUGGGCACAUGGCACCGUCCUGCGCAGCCUGACCGAGAUGUGGUACUGGGUUUUCCUCUGGGCUCUCUUCUCCUCUCUCUUUGUCCAUGGUGCUGUGGGAGUGUUAAUGUUUGUGAUGCUGCAGAGGCAUAGGCAGGGGAGACUAAUCUCUGUCAUUGUGGUCAGCAUUGGAUUUCUGGGUUCUGUAACAGGAGCAAUGAUAACCAGUGCUGCAGUAGCUGGAAUUUACAGAGUAGCAGGAAAGAAUAUGGCUCCCUUAGAAGCUCUCGUCUUUGGUGUUGGACAGACAGUACUGACAUUAAUUAUCUCAUUUUCAAGGAUUCUUGCAACGCUCUGAGGCUUAUGUAAAAAGAAUUUUAACUAGCCUAAAGAAAUCUCUGAUCUGAAGAGAAGCUUCCUGGAAGAGGGAUUCAUCAGCUUAUGAACUUGAAUGGUAGUGCAAGAGAAAGGAAGCGAUGUGGAACAUGCAGUACAAAUCUGGAGGUUCAGUCGAAUGAACAGACUGUCCUCUAGUGUCUGAACUCUUGUACUUCUGCGCUGUGCCUUGUGUGCCUCAGUCAUAGGCAAGAUGCGAUCCCUGUAUGCAAAGCUGAGAUAAAGCACCUUGAGUAGCUGCCAGUCAGGCUAAUGCUUGGUGAUAGGAUCAUUGUUCUUAUCAGUGUUUUAAUAAAAAUAAAGGCGCACUCCUGAAAGUUGCUGUAUGUGCCAAACUUGGAGUUCAGUUCUUUACUGUCGGUUGGGUAAGCUUUUUUGAAAUUGUAGGUAUAGAAGAACGCUGUGGAUAUACACUGUGUUUGACUUCAGGGGGAAUAGUAAGAUAACUGAUUUUAUUUUUUUUACUCUUAUUCAGCAUUAAAAACAACAGUUAGGUCCAAUUUCAGUGGUAGACAAAUAUUCGUGGGAUUUAAGAACUACAACUACCAAUCCUGAUGUAAUUAACAUGAUCGCAGAAUGAAUUGUCAGUUUACUGAAGAUCAGCACAUCAUUUUUUCAUGGUUUUGGUUCUUCAGACAUCAGUAGUUUAAGGAGACUGUGUGAGAAAGAAGUAUAAUCUGUUGUGUAUGUACAUAUGAAUCUUAAACUAAUGCAUUUCUUUAAAUUAUUUCGUCUGAAACAUACAGAUGGUUACCAGCCCUUCUGAAAGCCUUAGAAAAGCUACUUGCUGCGAGUAAGCUCCCUUUAUUUAAGUACUGAUAGGACUAUUAACCCUACGCAUACUCUUUAAAGAACAGACAAAUGUAAUACAGACUUUGAGAGUAUACCUAUGAUGAAAAUGGAAGGGGUUUAAAACAAAAAACACAAGUCUUCGAUUGAACAAAAAUGUUUAAGUUUGCUUAAUAAACCAGUUAUCUUACUUUUGAAGUUUGGAAGUGGGGCAGCACUGGUGUAUUUACUACCUUGUUUCUGAACAUUUUGUAUCCUUGGAAAGGUUAAGAUACCUGGAACUUUCAAAUACGUAGCUUUCAGUAGAGUUUGUGCUUUUCUGGUUUAAAGGGAACAGUAGUGUUGUGCAUGUGAGAUGUCUUAAGUGUGAAUAUUUGGAGUGAAUAGAAAUUUUAAUGUUAUUUAUGAAGUGCAAAAUUUAAAGGGCCCAAAGUUCUCUAUGAGGAAUAAGACAUCUUUUACAUACUUACUCAACUGAAUGCUUUUCAGCAGUUGACUGUUAAUACUGAUAAGAAGAAUAAAUUGCCCAAAGGUUUUGCUGUUAAGAUGUCAAAAAGACUUUCAGAGUUGUUGAAAUCACUGGCAUCUGCUGUGCAGCUAAAAGAAUAGGGUUAAAAUACGACUUACAAUCCAGCUUUAUUGCUUAGUGCUUCAAAGCAGUAUAAUGAAUUAACCUGCUUGCUGUUAUUUUCUUCCACAUAAACUGUACUUUUUUUUAAAAAAGCACUAAGGAUGCUAAUAUUUUUUUCUUUGAAAGUAUUUUAGUUGUUUUGAAAAUGUACAAAGUUACAGGCUAUGAGGGGAACAAUGUAAAAUGCAGGUUUAUAAACCUUCUCAGUGUUAUACGUUUAGCUUUGAGUCACUUUAAAAUGCUGUGGAAUACCUAUAUUUUCCUUACUUUGAUUUCAAAACUUAUUUUUCAUGGCUUGAUUAUUUUUAUUUUUUUUACUUUCUGCUGAUACUUUUUGGCAUAACAAUCAUAGCACUUUAAUAGACAAUAAAGUUAUCACAUCUGUCAAAAUGCAUUUUAAAUUUCUCCCCAUUGUCUUAUGAUAUGAGAACUGGUUUCAGGUAUUUAAUUCAAAAGGAAUAAUAAAAUAAUCAAUGAUAUUUCUCCUAA